GAAUCUCUUUGGGCUAUCGAUAGUUUAACCUCACAUUAUAACAGUUCUAAAAACGUUUGUUUAUAAACUUACCUUUAUAUUUUUUAGUGUAUGAUGCUCAGUGGUUGAUUGUUAUAUUUCUGAUAUUCUUUCUUUCUAUUUACUCAAAAUAAAAUGGAUGACGAUUAUGAUGAUGAUAGACCAUGGGAUGGGGAAAUGGGAGAUGAUUCAGAUGCUGGCGAGGAGGCUAUGGAUAAUCCCCAAGAAGUUUUAAGAGAAUGUUUAGAAAAGUUUAGUACCCCUGAUUAUAUUAUGGAACCUGGAAUCUUUUCACAAUUAAAAAGAUACUUUCAAGCUGGUGGAAACCCUGAACAAGUCAUUGAGUUAUUAUCACAUAAUUAUAAAGCUGUAGCCCAAAUGGCAAAUCUCGUUGCUGAGUGGCUUAUACUUGGAGGUGUGAAAGUUCAAACUGUUCAAGCUAUGGUGGAAAAUCAUUUAAAGGAAAUGAUAUUGAAAACAUUUGAUCCUAAGAAAGCCGAUACAAUUUUUACUGAAGAAGGAGAAACGCCAGCUUGGCUUACAGAAAUGAUUGAUCACCCAACAUGGAGAUCACUUAUUUACCGUUUAGCAGAAGAAUAUCCUGAUUGUUUGAUGCUAAAUUUCACAAUAAAGUUGAUUUCUGAUGCUGGCUUUCAAGGGGAAAUAACUAGUAUUUCUACUGCUGCUCAGCAAAUUGAGGUAUUUUCAAGAGUUCUAAAAACAGCAAUAUCGGGAUUUUUAAAUACAAGUGAUGACUGGCAAAAAAGUAUUGAAGAGUGUGCUAAAAUGGUCUGCCAUGGCCAGCAUACUUAUGUUUAUUCUCAAGUAUUACUUCAUGUACUUUCAAAAGAGAGCAAAGGAGGUUCCAUAAUGAAAAGAUUAGCUCAAGAAAUCACUAAAUGUGCCCAAUCUCAGCAUGACGUUACACCCAUCACAAUGGCUUUAAACAAUUCAGCAGGUUUUCCACAGUCUUGCCAAGCUCUGUCUUCUAUGUUGUCAAGAAAUGCACUCAACCCUGCUGAUAUCACAGUUCUUCAUCGUAAUUACUCAGGAUCUGAUCCACCGCCAAUUGAUCUCAUUCGUAAUCCUCAAUUUUUAGAGUUAUUAGUGGAUUCCCUUUUUCGACCUGGAGUAAAGUUAAAUCCAGAACAUAAAUCUAAGUAUAUGUUUCUACUUGCUUAUGCAACAAGUGUUAGUGAAAGUGUACCGUCGGGUAGUAAGAGCAAAGGGAAAAGAGGUUUAAAUAAAGAAGAAUUAAAAGCAACUUCUCUGGCCAUUGAUAAAGUACAUAACAUUUGUUGUACUGGCAAAGGCUCAACUGAGCUAAUUGCUGAUUUAUCUACUCUCUAUAACUGUAUCAGAUUUCCAGUUGUUGCCAUUGGAAUUGUAAGAUGGGUUGAAUGUAUAGUCACUGAGCCAUCUUAUUUCAAGCUUUCAACAGAACAUACCCCGAUUCAUUUAGCAUUGCUUGAUGAAGUGGUUACAAACCAUCCUCUGCUACAUCACACUGUACUUUCACUUUUCAUUCGACUUUUCGAAUCAAAACAAGAUGAAUUAGAAAUUUUGGUGCAGCUUGAAAUGAAAAAGAUGCUAAUAGAAAGAAUGGUUAACUUACUUUCAAGAGGAUGUGUGGUGCCAGUUGUGAAGUACAUUAAGCAGUGUUGGCAGAGAGGAGAUACCGACAUAUCUCUAAUUAGAUACUUUGUCACUGAAGUUCUUGAAGCUAUAGCUCCUCCAUAUACAUCUGAAUUUGUCCAGCUGUUUCUUCCAAUCGUGGAAAAUGAAGAGAUAACCGGUAAUAUGAGAAGUGAAGAAAGUGAUCCUGUUUCUGAGUUCAUAAUUCAUUGUAAAACUAAUUAUGCGGCAACAUGAGAUUUGUAGAACAGGUGCAGUAUAUUGAGCAUUAAUUUUAAAAUGACGAUUUUCAUCUUAGAGCUUCCUCUUAAUUUUAAAUUUGUAGUUGUAAAUAAUGAUUCAUUCUAUAACAAAAAGCAAAAUUAGUUUUAAUUCAAUUUAAAAAACCUAAUUGCUGCAAAAUAUUGAUUAUACUGGUACGUUAUAAACAUAUUAUUUUUUUUAGUCAUGCAACUUAAAAAGGAAAAUUUAUUACUAAAAAUAGCUUUUUUUUAUGAUAUGAUGAAAAUAGUAAUUUUCUAU